AUGGAAGAGCAAAGGCGGCCAAGCUGAAAGCAGAGGAUGCCUGGAUCCGGAGAACCCACGGGAAAGCAGCAGCGCCGAGGCGCGGGGAGGGUGAACGUCCGGAGGGGCUGAGUCUAAAGGGACAGGGGAAGGAGGGCGGAGGCGGAGGCCAGUUCCCCAGUUCCAGUCGCCGUCGCCUGCACAGUUGCAGCCGCCGCCUCCCACGAGCUCGCCCAAGGAAAAGGGAACGCGCGCGAGCACCGGCGUCCCCGCCCCAGUCUUUCCCCGGAACCAUGAACCCUAACUGUGCCCGGUGCGGCAAGAUCGUGUAUCCCACGGAGAAGGUGAACUGUCUGGAUAAGUUCUGGCAUAAAGCAUGCUUUCACUGCGAGACCUGCAAGAUGACCCUGAACAUGAAGAACUACAAGGGCUAUGAGAAGAAGCCUUACUGCAAUGCACACUACCCCAAGCAGUCCUUCACCAUGGUGGCUGACACUCCGGAAAACCUCCGCCUCAAGCAACAGAGCGAGCUGCAGAGUCAGGUGCGCUACAAGGAGGAGUUUGAGAAGAAUAAGGGCAAAGGCUUCAGCGUGGUGGCAGACACGCCUGAGCUGCAGAGAAUCAAGAAGACCCAGGACCAGAUCAGCAAUAUCAAAUACCAUGAGGAGUUUGAGAAGAGCCGCAUGGGGCCCAGUGGAGGUGAGGGUGUGGAACCGGAACGCCGAGAACCCCAGGACAGCAGCAGCUACCGGAGGCCCACAGAGCAGCAACAGCCACAACCUCACCAUAUCCCAACCAGUGCCCCAGUUUACCAGCAGCCCCAACAGCAGCAGGUGACCCCGUCCUAUGGCGGGUACAAGGAGCCAGCAGUUCCUGUCUCCACACAGCGCAGUGCCCCAGGUGGCGGUGGGAAGCGGUACCGUGCAGUGUAUGACUACAGCGCUGCCGAUGAGGACGAGGUCUCCUUCCAGGAUGGGGACACCAUCGUCAAUGUGCAGCAGAUCGAUGAUGGCUGGAUGUACGGGACCGUAGAGCGCACCGGUGACACGGGGAUGCUGCCGGCCAACUAUGUGGAGGCUAUCUGAGCCCCGUGCUGCCCCACCCUGUCUUCAAUGCAUUCCAUGGCAUCACAUCUGUCCUGGGGCCUGACCCGUCCACCCUUCAGUGUCUUCUCUGUCUUUUAAGAUCUUCAACUGCUUCUUUAUCCCCGCCCCUCCUCCAGCUUUCUUUUGCCAACCCAAGCCUUGUUCUGCCCCUGUCCUGGGCUCCUUCCUCGGGCAGGUUUACCCUUGGACCAAUCAACGGAUUGAUGGAUUGAUUUUUCUUUCUGGAUGGAACAGGCUGGGCACUCUGGGGAGGGCAAGAUUCUUCUGAGCAGGGUAGGCUCACAGGGCUGGGCUGAAGUGGGAGACUCAGUAAGGAGAUCGGUUAGACUGGGUGUAGUGGCUUACACCCUUAAUCCAAGCAGAAGAUUAAUCCCAGUGAAGGGAGGCAGAGGCAGGUAGAUCUGACUUUGAAGCCAGCCUGUGUCUACAUCAUGAGUUUCAGGACAGCCAGAGCUAUGUAGUGAGACCCUGUUGGUUAGCCCUCAGCUUCACUUCCUGCCUUAGGCUCCUCGGAACCCCUGGCCCAGCUCCCUGACACCCUUCCUCCUAGAGCUGGUGUGAGUUGCACACUCCUCAUACCUCCAGGUGGGGUUCCACACAUCCGGGGGUCGGGGGUGGGGAGUAUUAAGGCCUCAGUUAUGCAGAGAACAAUGUGAUGACCUUUCCCCUAGUCCAUCUUCCUGCCUGUCUCCUCAAGGCACCCAAAGGAGAGCAGAGUUCCUGCUUCAGGCUGCAUCCCUGCCCCUCUGUGCAGUCCUCCACACACGGAGUGUGCUCUUCUGCCCACACAAACCCAGGGCAGCCGAAGGAAGAACUCCCCAGAAAUCCCAGCUUGGGUCAAAUUCUUGCCUUAGUUCUAGGGGCAGCAGCCAGCAGAGAGCAAGGAACGGGGUGUUCUCCCUGGGCCUGUUUGCUUCCCUCCUCCUCCGGCCUCCUGGGACUCUCUUUAUCUCCCUGGCUGGGAGCCUGCUGUGAAGGGUAAAGCCAGGGAUUGCCUUUGGGACCUGAACUGAGCUGUUUCUUCCUGCUCCCCUGGGAAAAGGUCUCUCUGUGUCUCCUGUGGCCUUCCUUCCUUCCCCGGAACAAGGCUGGACUGGCUUAGAGCUCUGCAAAGCCAGAAAAUGGAAGAGUCUUCAGGAGCAUAGGAGGCCCUCCCAUCUCCCUGGGGAGGUGGGAGAAGGCUUCUAGGUGAGACAUGUGCUUUCCUGUCUUUGUGUCUGAGGCUACAGAGUAUGGUACCAGAAGGACCAAGUCACCCACGCGGUGGCAGCUCUCCUGUCCUUGAAGCAAAGGAGAGAGUCCAGGGCUCCAAAGCUGGCAGCACCAUCUCUGGGCUGGUGCUAAACUCAAGUCCUUCCUUUGCCUCUGGGGCCUGGGACAGUGCUCACUCGACUUCAUUCAUCUCUGGGUUUUCCUGUUACUCCUCCUGGGUCCCCUGAUUCUCAUCUUUACCCCGAGUCUGAUGUCAGGUCCCUUUACAUACUCAGACCCCGCUGCAGGUGAAGUUUGAACCUGAAGACCUUGGUCAGGCCAGCAAUGUGGUUGUCAUGAGGGCUUGCUAGAGUAACCAUCUUCCUGCCUGGUCAGUCCCCUUACUUCCAACCCCAGCCUAGGUGAAGGCAAGGAGUGCUCUGGUGGGCGGCGUGGGGUGGGCGGCGUGGGAAGAGCCUUGUGGGAGCAUCUCAGGAGCCACUGGGGAGGUGCCGGUCCAUUCCAUUUCCUCUUGAUCUCAAAGCACAAUGUGGUUCUGGGGACCAGAGGUCGGGGCGCCUGCUCUUGGAGGGCUUGUGUGCAGGAGGUGCUGCGAGCCUCCUGGUUCCUCUCAGCUGACCCUCCCUUCCCAGCAUGUCAAGUCAGCCACUUUUCUAGUCCUCUAGAAAUGGGGGAGACAUCCACACACCUGCAGAGGGAAGAGGAACUACCUAAGGUGCUGAGGGCCCCAAGCCUGCUGGAGUCCACACGUUUCCAGAAGCAUCCACCCCUAGAAGAGCACAGAAUCCCCAAGCCCACAGUCUCUUCCUUUGUAAAGGUCUUUUCAGCCCAUCAGAACCCAGGAAAGAAGGCGCCUUGGCUAGACUGUGAACUUAACUUUUGUGGACCAAUCCUGUAAUGCAAGAAGCCCCGUGGUGAGGGACACAAGUUCUCCCCGUGCUGCUUCCUGUUUUCCCUCCUCAUGUCCCUUCAGGGGACAUUUUAUUUCCUACUAGCUGGACACAAGACAAAAAGUACCACCCCACAGAGCCUGUAUUUAAACAAAAACAGAAGUGACCCUGUGAAGUCUGCCUCUGUCCAACAUUUCAUCUAUGUAUGAGUGAGUGUGUGUGUGUGUGUGUGUGUGUGUGUGUAGCCACCCACUCAUCUUUUAUAUCGGGUUAUCAUUUUUCUUUGGUCUGUUUGGUCCCCUCCCUCCUGGCCUCGUGCUUGGGAUCGAUUCUUUCUGGCCUGUUAUGAUUUUAAACAUUGACUUGAACCACAAAGUGAAUCUUUAUCCUGGUGACUCAAAUAAAAGUGUAAUUUUUACCUGCGGA